AUGCACUUUCAUUCAGUUCUCAGCCUAUUGAGCUUAUGCUUACUAUGCGCCUCCUCUCUCGCAGCCCCUGAGGCACGACAGCUUGCUGCACAACCGGCUGAUGUACAAACCUACUUCGAUCUCGAUGGCCCUGCAAACGAAAUAAAGGUGGAAGAACUCAAGAAGUCUGGCUACCGCAUAAUCUCACUCAGUUCUUACGGAACCCCUCCCCACCACAGAUAUGCCACAGUCUGGGUAAAGCGGGAGGGUAGCCCAUUCAUUACAAUUUUUGGCGCGGACGCAAUAACGUACAGUAGAUGGAUGGAGGCAUGGCGAUAUAGAGGCUAUGUCUCGACACAUAUUUCCGUCACUGGGCCUGCUGAGAGCGCCGUCUAUGCUGGAGUAAUGGAGAAGACGAAUGUCGGCAGAUGGAGGCAAAGCUGUGACUUGACAGAUCCAGAAGCCUUUCAUACAGGACGCAACCUUCGAAUGAUCCUUAAGGAUCUCAGCACCUAUGGUACGCCCACGGAUCGCCGCUACUGCGUUAUUGUUCACGAGAACAUCGGCAAUGAGAUGGAGUCCAUCUUCUAUGUCACAAAUGGGCCGUCAGGGUUUACCGACAUCUACGACUCUGAGCUGACCAAGACCUUCUGGCGGCCGGCGCACCUUUUCGUAUCCGAUGACCAUGUCAUUGCCCCUCAUUUUAGAGGCGACUCGGUGGGCGAGUGGGUAGCAAAAACCAAUCUGGAUGCAAAACAACUAGCUGCCGAGAUUGAAUCACAAAAAAGCCAAGGUCGUCUUUACCCGAUUCAUCUCGAGGGGGGAGGGGCUGGAAACGACGUCAAGUUUUCAGUCAUCUUUGCCGAAAACGACAUCCCUGAGGCCCGUAAAUGGACCGUGACCGGCAACGGAGGCCUCGAGCCGAAGACCACUGAGAAGCUAGACUCUAUUAUGAAGGGCUGGAUGCAAAAGAAUGGUGUACGCCAGGCCCAAGUUGCCGCCGCCAUCGAGGGCGAGAUCAUCACAGAGCGUGGCUAUACGUGGGCAGAGAGUAAUCGUGCCAUUGUCCAGCCGGAUGAUGUUUUCCUCAUGGCUAGUAUCAGUAAAAUGUUUGCCCAUGCUGCUGCUUACAACCUGAUCCAGGCUGGGAAACUGGACUACUCGACACGCGUCCUCCCUCUCCUAGGUUAUAACCAGCCUAAAGAUCCCCGAGCCCUCGACAUUACAAUCAACCAUCUUCUCACGCAUUCCACGGGCUCUGAUCGUGACAUAUCUGGUGAUACUGGCUUCCUAUUUCGAAAUGCUUCUGAAUUGUUGUAUAACGGCGAGCGUCCUGCAAACCUCCGCGACAUGAUAGAGUACCAACUUACGAAAGAGCUCGACUUUAAUCCUGGAGAGAGGUUCUCUUAUACUAACUACGGCUUCAUGCUCUUAAGUUAUGUUGUGAGUAACAUCACCGAAAAGCCGUACUUUGAGUUUUUGAAGGAGAACAUCUUUGGGGGGCUGGACAUUCGCGUCUAUGAGACGGACGCGAAGAAGCAUGUUGGUGAUCGCAUCACUCAAGACACUCAACUUACAGGACUCUCCGGCCUAAACCCAAAGUCGUCUCAGAAUGUGUCCAUGGUUUUCGGCGGCGACGGCGCCAUCAAGGAGGAGUGUGACGGAACAUUUUCGCUCGCAGCGAGUGCGAGCAGCAUCGCGAAGUUCAUUGGCAGCCAUGCCGUUUGGGGUACUGGAGGGCGGGCAGUAGGGAAACGCCAAGGAACGCUGCCAGGAGCGAGAGCCUUUGUCGCGUCAGAACCGAAUGGUAUUGACUGGGUUGUAAUCACCAACACACGAGACUUUGUCACCCCUCAAGAGGUAUUGGACCUGAGGUUCAAGAUGUUGGCGCCCUUGUUUGGAACGUCGGAUUCCUGUUUCUCUUGGCUUCGCAGGUUGUGUUCCGCCUCUUGA